AUGGCGGAGGCCCUGGGGAGCCGGGGAAGGCUAACACAGGGCCCCUCAAGUGGACGGUGUUGGCAGGUGGAGAGCACCAUCGCUCAGGACCCAACCAGCACUGCCAUGGAGGAGGGCGCGUACUCAGGGGACGGAGUGGGAGCCAGCCUCACCGCGCCCUCCCCCCUCCUGGCAGACGUCCUGCAGUUUCGCCGAGGGCGAGGGCGGCGGCCGUGCUGCAGACGCGGGACGCAGAUCGUGCUGCUGGGGCUGGUGAUGGCCACGCUGUGGGCUGGGCUGCUGACCCUGCUGCUCCUGUGGCACCGGGACGCAGUGCAGGGCCUGAGACAGCUGGGGGACAUCGCUGCCCGGAACGUCUCUCAGGUUUCCAAGGACGUGGAAAGACAAAAGGGUGACCAGAGGGCCCAGCAGACCCAGGUGGCCCAGGUGCUGCAGAGCGUGGAGGAGCUCCAGGCAGGACAGAAGCAGCUCCAAUCAGGACAGGAGCAGCUCCAAUGGAACCUGGAUGGACUGCUAGAAGACCUGAGCAACUUCAAGUCCCAGGGCUUAAACGAGAGACGCGCGGCCUUGGAUUCACUGGAAAGACUCCAGGAGGAGGUGGCCAAGCUGAGGAUAGAGUUCCGGGUGUCCAAUGGCUCCGCGUGCAGCACGUGCCCUGAGCAGUGGGUCAGCUUCCGGCGGAAGUGCUACUACUUCGGGGAGGGCCCCAAGCGGUGGUUCCAGGCGCGGGAGGCCUGCCGCGGGCUCGGGGGGCGGCUGGCCAGCAUCCACAGCCCGGAGGAGCAGGACUUCCUGGCCAAACACAGCAGCAGGAAGGGCACCUGGAUUGGCCUCCGGGACCUGGACAGGGAGGGAGAGUUUGUCUGGAUGGACCAGAGCCCCCUGGGCUACAGCAACUGGGGGUCCGGGGAGCCCGACAACGGGGCCCAGGGCGAGGACUGCGUGAUGCUGCUGAGCUCGGGGCAGUGGAGCGACGCCUUCUGCGGCAGCUAUCUCACCAGCUGGGUGUGCGACCGGCUGGCCACCUGCUGACUGCCGCCCGCCGACUGCCGCGGUCCCCCCCAACGUGGACCCCGACAGCCCCCGCCUCCCUCACGUGCACCCCGCCUGUGA